GAUCGGACUAUGAAUACCGGCCUAUGAAUACCGGCCUCUGUAUUCUAGGGACACUAGUCCUCCCAUGUAGUACUUCUCUCUCUACAGCGGGCGCUCGCCUGUCUAUCGCGAUGCUCAGUCCAGUGUAUAUGUCGAUGCCACGAACGUAUGCAGGAAAAAUCGUAAACACUGCGGCAAAGCUUUGAUUAGCUGUUUCUAUAAUGCACUCUCUAUUCCGCACUUCUAUUUCGCACCAUGUGAUUUCAGCCUUAGAUCUAAAAAUAUACACCAAUCAAAGAUCGCGCAGCGUCAAGGCCACUGAAUAUAGUUAUACUGGAAUGAGCACACCCAUUGUUAACACUGGUUUGGAAGAGAACUGAGAGAGAGGAUAUGAAAUCUAUUGCUCUCUCUUUCUAAUGUACUUUCUGCGCAUGCUCAGUUCCCCUUGUGCAAUAAGUUAGAAAGAGACAAACAUACUUUCUUUCACUCUAACCUCUAACUAAUUGUACUAGUGCAGCAGUGCAGCUGAAAAGAGCAGACCCCUUAUCUCCAUGCUUUCUAUUAAAAACGUUUAACAAUGUUUAAUUCAUAAGUUUAUUAUCAACAGAAUAAAUAUCUGAUAAAUAAAAGAAAUAAAUAUUUUAAAGAAAUCUCGAUAAACGUUUAGUUUGAUGUGCCGCUUUAAAUUGAACAAAAGUAUAAAAACUGUAAGAAGCAAAACAUGAAAACUAAUAUGGAAAAUACAAAAGGUUUUAAAACAUUAUGGAUUUGUUUCGACGCAAACGAUUCAGAUAAACAUCAGUUGUUUCUUAAGGAACACUCUGUAAGAAAUCAAGAACCUGAAUAUCCCAGGAAUCACACUCUCUUUGUAUUAAAUAUACCACCAUAUGCAACUACUGACUGUUUGAAACAUGCAUUUAUCAAGCUUUGUGGAGAUAUACAUCUUAUUACAUUUUCAAAAGCAAAAGGAUUCAAAACAGCAUACAUUGUUUUUAAAAAAGAAUCUUCUUUGGAUAAGGCACUUGAACUGUCAGAUGAUUAUGUCAUCACAUUAAGUAGUGAUGAAAAUAUGUGUCUCACAGGAUUAAGAAAAUGGUGUAAAAAAUACAAUGAUUCUUUGUACAAUGAGAAUGUAACAAAAAAACAGGCUGAGGAAUAUUUAACUUUGUAUGACAACGAAAUAAAGAAUCGUAUUGAACAGAUUGCAGAAGAGGAUGAUGAUGGUUGGGUAACCAUAGCAGGUGGAAAGAAAAGGGGACAAUUUGCACCAUCUAGGAAAGAAUCUACCAUUGGGAAGGUGCAAGAAAAGGAAGAACAACGCAAGAAAAAGAAGCAAUUACUUAAUUUCUAUACUUUUCAAAUUCGAGAGACAAAAAAACAGCAAUUAGCAGAAUUACGGAAAAAGUUUGAAUUGGAUAAACAGAGACUGCAGGAAUUGAAAUUAAAACGGACAUUCAAGCCAUUUUAGGUUAAAUUAAAUAUUAUACGGAAUAGGUAAAUAUUGUAUAAUAUGCAAAUCUAAUAAGAAUACAUCUUUUUAUAUACAAACAAUAAUUACUAAAAUGCUGAAAUUAAAUUACAUUAU